GUAGAAACCUCUAAUAUAUACCUGCUACCGGUGCCGUGCCCGACCCCACCGUCUCCAAUUCCAUCGGAGCCCUUCCCGGCCUGUUACUCCGCACCCCGCUCUCCCCGCACGCCUGUCUUAAUUAUUUUCUGCUGUUAAUAUUUGCAUAUUGCGUCUUUGCAUCCUCGCACUUACUCUGACAAAAUCCGUUCGUUGACUGAAUUCACCGACCAUGAGCGAUACCGUUGGGAAGACCAUUACUUGCAAGGCCGCAAUCGCCUGGGCCCCGAACGAACCGCUCUCCAUCGAGGAUGUACAAGUCCUGCCGCCGAGGGCACACGAAGUGCGCAUUAAGGUUCUGCAUACCGGAGUCUGUCAUACUGACCAGUAUACUCUCUCCGGAAAAGACCCCGAAGGCGCAUUCCCUUCCAUCCUCGGGCACGAGGGAGCCGGGAUCGUCGAGUCCAUUGGCGAUGGCGUAACGUCCGUCAAGCCCGGUGACUAUGUGAUUGCUCUAUAUACCGCGGAAUGCAAAGAAUGCAAAUUCUGCCGCUCGGGCAAAACAAACCUCUGCGGCAAGGUGCGCGAGACGCAAGGCAAAGGCGUCAUGCCGGACGGGACAUCGCGGUUCCGCGCGCGCGGAAAGGACAUCCUGCACUUUAUGGGCACGUCGACGUUCUCACAGUAUACCGUUCUCGCGGACGUCUCGUGCGUGGCUGUCACGGACCGCAUUGGGACGGACAAGUCGUGUCUGCUGGGUUGUGGGAUUACGACUGGCUACGGUGCUGCGGUGGUGAGUGCGAAGGUGGAAGAGGGGUCUACGAUUGCGGUUUUUGGCGCGGGGUGUGUUGGGUUGUCGAUUAUCAUGGGGGCGAAGAAGAAUAAGGCUGGGAGGAUUAUUGCGGUGGAUUUGAAUGACAAUAAGGAAGGGUGGGCCAGGAAGUUUGGGGCGACGGAUUUUGUGAAUCCGCUCAAGAUUCCGAGGAAUGUGCUUCUGCAGGAGUAUCUGGUGAAUAUGACGGAUGGGGGCUGUGAUUAUACGUUUGAUUGUACAGGGAAUGUGAGCGUGAUGAGGGCGGCGCUGGAGGCUUGUCAUAAGGGGUGGGGGGAGAGUAUUGUUAUUGGUGUUGCUGCUGCUGGACAGGAGAUUACAACACGUCCAUUCCAACUUGUUACUGGCCGUGUGUGGAGGGGAUGUGCAUUCGGUGGCGUCAAGGGCCGCACUCAAUUGCCAGGCCUGGUGGACGACUAUCUGCGCGGAGAACUCAAGGUCGACGAGUUCAUCACUCACCGUGUGUCCAUGGAUCGCCUGAAUGAGGCUUUCGACGUGAUGAAGCAGGGCGAUUGCAUUCGCUGCGUUGUUGAUAUGAGUUAGAAUGGGAACUAUGCUCUUCAAAAUGUCUUAUCAAUUCAAGUCAUCAUACCGGUGUUUUAUUCCUAGCUCAUCAGACUGUAAUCAUAUUCAGGUAUUGCUGUCAGGUGUCUAUAUUGUAAGCACCAGUUAUCCUUGAUGUGUCUGAUGGCAACCAUCGCAUAUC